GAAUAAUGUGAGUGUGCUUGGAAAGGAGACCUUCUGCUCCCGGGACUCGGGGCAAGCGCUUGCAGGUUGCCUUUCCCGGUCAGGGGAGCUCAACUCAGCCGGCUCGAGGGCACCGAUCUGCGAUUUCUCUCUCGGUGGCCGUUCUGUGUGGGUGCCAAGUUCCUCACAUGAUUUAAUGGAUAAGAAGGAGAUGUCAGUGAAAAAAAGGAUCCAGAAUGAUUACUAACCUAUGACUCCCAACAGUAUGACAGAAAAUGGCCUUCCAGCCUGGGACAAACCGAAGCAUUAUCCAGACCGAGAACACAACUGGAAGCUAGGAGGAAUGUCUGAAGCCUGCCUACACAGGAAGAGCCAUUCAGAGAGACGUAGCACAUUGAAAAAUGAACAGUCGUCUCCACAUCUCAUCCAGGCCACUUGGACUAGCUCAAUAUUCCAUCUGGACCAUGACGAUGUGAAUGAUCAAAGUGUCUCAAGCGCCCAGACCUUCCAAACAGAAGAGAAGAAAUGUAAAGGGUACAUACCCAGUUACUUAGACAAGGACGAGCUAUGUGUAGUGUGUGGUGACAAAGCCACCGGGUAUCACUACCGCUGCAUCACGUGUGAAGGCUGCAAGGGUUUCUUUAGAAGAACCAUUCAGAAAAAUCUCCAUCCGUCAUACUCCUGUAAAUAUGAAGGAAAAUGUGUCAUAGACAAAGUUACGCGAAAUCAGUGCCAGGAAUGUCGCUUUAAAAAAUGCAUCUAUGUUGGCAUGGCAACAGAUUUGGUGCUGGAUGACAGCAAGCGACUGGCAAAAAGGAAGCUGAUAGAAGAGAACCGGGAAAAGAGGCGGCGGGAAGAGUUGCAGAAAUCCAUGGGUCACAAGCCUGAGCCCACAGAUGAGGAAUGGGAGCUAAUCAAAACCGUCACCGAAGCCCAUGUAGCCACCAAUGCCCAAGGCAGCCACUGGAAGCAGAAGCGGAAAUUCCUGCCUGAAGAUAUUGGACAAGCACCAAUAGUAAAUGCCCCAGAAGGUGGAAAGGUUGACUUGGAAGCCUUCAGCCAUUUUACAAAAAUCAUCACACCAGCAAUUACCAGAGUGGUGGAUUUUGCCAAAAAGUUGCCUAUGUUUUGUGAGCUGCCAUGUGAAGACCAGAUAAUCCUCCUCAAAGGCUGCUGCAUGGAGAUCAUGUCUCUUCGCGCUGCGGUGCGCUAUGACCCAGAAAGUGAGACUUUAACUCUGAAUGGAGAAAUGGCAGUAACACGAGGCCAGCUGAAAAACGGGGGUCUUGGGGUAGUGUCAGAUGCCAUCUUUGACCUGGGCAUGUCCCUUUCUUCUUUCAACCUGGAUGACACUGAAGUAGCCCUUCUGCAAGCCGUUUUGCUCAUGUCUUCAGAUCGCCCAGGGCUCGCCUGUGUUGAAAGAAUAGAAAAAUACCAAGAUAGUUUUCUGCUGGCCUUUGAACACUAUAUCAAUUACCGAAAACACCAUGUGACACACUUUUGGCCAAAACUCCUGAUGAAGGUAACAGAUCUGCGGAUGAUUGGAGCCUGCCAUGCCAGCCGCUUCCUGCACAUGAAGGUGGAAUGCCCCACGGAACUCUUCCCCCCUUUGUUCUUGGAAGUGUUCGAAGAUUAGACAGACUGAAUUCAUUCUCAUAAUUCCUACAGCACUACGGGGUGUCAUUUCAUUCCAUUGCCUAGCUCUUUUUUUUGUUUGUUUCUUUGUGUUGGGGGGUGAUUAUUUGGG